CUAUAAUGCUCGCCUAGCUGUGAGGAGCUUCUCUUGCCCGGCUCCCCUUGUGUGCGUAAAACUUUCUAAUGAAAUCCCACAUUUAUUUUUGACCAAUUUAGAAUUCGUUCUACUUAGGGUCAAGAGGGAUUCAAGACACUCAAAGAACUUUCCCUGCUAAAGAAAACUCAGAAUCAUGGAGCCCAUUUCUACGGCGGGAGGGGCUGAGGAAGAGCACCAUGGAAACUACUCACCAAAUCCAUCUGCAGAGGCGCCGCCUGGAAAGCACGCCGUGUCAGAGGCCUUGGAAGAGGUGCAAGAGGAGUUGAUAGAACAUCAACCUCUGGAGCAGGAAGACCUGAACUUUGAGAAAUGGAAGCCCAAGCCCAAACCUAAGAGAACGCUCCACGAGAAAGCAGGCGAUGUGAAGACAUAUCUGUGGAACGCAGAGACCAGAGAGUUCAUGGGCCGCACUGGGCAUAGCUGGUUUCUGAUCAUCCUCUUCUACACGGCACUGUAUGCAUUCCUGGCAGCCAUGUUUGGUGCCUGUAUGUGGUGCCUCAUGCUGUCUAUCAGCCCCUACCAUCCAACCCACAACGACAGGGUGAUGCCACCAGGUAUGACGAUGUCCCCACAACUGGAUGGGCACUAUGAGAUCGCCUUCAAUGCAUCUGACCGCAAGUCUUGGAAGAAGUAUGCAAAGCUAAUGGAAGAACAACUAAGACCAUACAAUGAUGCCGUACAGGAGCAGAGGAACAUCCAGUGUCCGCAGGACGCGUACUUCAUGCAGGAUGAACAAGGGGAAAGCGCAGAGAGGAAGGCGUGCCAGUUCAAGAGGUCCUGGCUGGGCGAGUGCUCGGGGCUCCAGGACCCCCACUUUGGAUUCUCCCAGGGGAAACCCUGCAUCCUCCUCCGAAUGAACCGGAUACUGGGCUAUUUACCUGGCCAUGGCACUCCCGUAAACGUGACCUGUGGAGUCAAGAAAGGUGCGCCAGAAAGCUUAGGAGAACUUCAGUUCUUCCCAAAAAGCAUUUUCAACCUGAUGUACUACCCUUACUAUGGGAAGCUGAGACAUGUAAACUACACAGCACCGGUGGUGGCCGUGCGCUUCAAUGGGCUGCAGUAUGACACCCACAUUGUUGUAAAAUGCAAACUCAAUGGCAAGGGCAUCAUCAAUGAUUCGCCUACCGAUCGCUUCCUAGGCAGUGUGUCCUUCUCCUUCGAUGUGGGCGCAUAGUAGUAUUCCCCAUGCUGAAUGCUGUCCCCAUGACAACAAGGAGACAAGAGAAUAUAGGAAAAAAUAUCAUUAUGUUGAAUCCUUGUUUUGCAUAAAAUAGUUGACCAGCUUCUCUCUUCUCCCAUUUCCUCAUGUACUCUUGUGCCUUUUGCUGAAAAAAGCAAUCAUUUGGAAUGUUAAUGGAUCAUAAGCACACACACACACGACACAGACACCUCACCGAUAGUCUUGAGCACGAGCUAAGUAUAGAAACUGAAUAUUACCAUUGAAUACUUAGCUAGAUUAAUGCCACAAGCUAGGUUUAUGAAACACAAGGCUCAUCUCACAGGUAGUUUGUCUCUGUAGCUAUGCUAUUUAUAAUUUAAGACAUUAUUAAUAGACAUAAAUACCCACUGUACAAUUAGGAUAUAAGAGGAACAUGUUAAGCACAUUUUGAUUUGAAAUCAAAUUGUGUACUAAUUUCUUUUGAGUUUGUACUUUUCAACAGCAUAUCUAUUGUGUUUUGUAGACUCCAAGGGCUACAAUAUAAAGAAUGGUGAAGGCAGGACACUUUUACUUACACAGUAAGAUAAACAGUAAAUGACUAGGUUACAUUUCAAUAAGAUAAACAGUAAAUGACUAGGUUACAUUUCAAUAAGAUAAACAGUAAAUGACUAGGUUACAUUUCAGUAAGAUAAACAGUAAAUGACUAGGUUACAUUUCAAUAAGAUAAACAGUAAAUGACUAGGUUACAUUUCAGUAAGAUAAACAGUAAAUGACUAGGUUACAUUUCAAUAAGAUAAACAGUAAAUGACUAGGUUACAUUUCAAUAAGAUAAACAGUAAAUGACUAGGUUACAUUUCAAUAAGAUAAACAGUAAAUGACUAGGUUACAUUUCAGUAAGAUAAACAGUAAAUGACUAGGUUACAUUUCAGUAAGAUAAACAGUAAAUGACUAGGUUACAUUUCAAUAAGAUAAACAGUAAAUGACUAGGUUACAUUUCAAUAAGAUAAACAGUAAAUGACUAGGUUACAUUUCAGUAAGAUAAACAGUAAAUGUCUAGGUUACAUUUCAAUAAGAUAAACAGUAAAUGACUAGGUUACAUUUCAAUAAGAUAAACAGUAAAUGACUAGGUUACAUUUCAAUAAGAUAAACAGUAAAUGACUAGGUUACAUUUCAGUAAGAUAAACAGUAAAUGUCUAGGUUACAUUUCAGUAAGAUAAACAGUAAAUGACUAGGUUACAUUUCAGUAAGAUAAACAGUAAAUGACUAGGUUACAUUUCAGUAAGAUAAACAGUAAAUGACUAGGUUACAUUUCAAUAAGAUAAACAGUAAAUGACUAGGUUACAUUUCAGUAAGAUAAACAGUAAAUGACUAGGUUACAUUUCAGUAAGAUAAACAGUAAAUGACUAGGUUACAUUUCAGUAAGAUAAACAGUAAAUGACUAGGUUACAUUUCAGUAAGAUAAACAGUAAAUGACUAGGUUAAAUUUCAAUAAGAUAAACAGUAAAUGACUAGGUUAAAUUUCAAUAAGAUAAACAGUAAAUGACUAGGUUACAUUUCAGUAAGAUAAACAGUAAAUGACUAGGUUAAAUUUCAAUAAGAUAAACAGUAAAUGACUAGGUUACAUUUCAGUAAGAUAAACAGUAAAUGACUAGGUUACAUUUCAGUAAGAUAAACAGUAAAUGACUAGGUUACAUUUCAGUAAGAUAAACAGUAAAUGACUAGGUUACAUUUCAAUAAGAUAAACAGUAAAUGACUAGGUUACAUUUCAAUAAGAUAAACAGUAAAUGACUAGGUUACAUUUCAGUAAGAUAAACAGUAAAUGACUAGGUUACAUUUCAGUAAGAUAAACAGUAAAUGACUAGGUUAAAUUUCAAUAAGAUAAACAGUAAAUGACUAGGUUACAUUUCAGUAAGAUAAAACAGUAAAUGACUAGGUUACAUUUCAGUAAGAUAAACAGUAAAUGUCUAGGUUACAUUUCAGUAAGAUAAACAGUAAAUGACUAGGUUACAUUUCAGUAAGAUAAACAGUAAAUGGCUAGGUUACAUUUCAAUAAGAUAAACAGUAAAUGGCUAGGUUACAUUUCAGGUUUUGUCGUUGUUUUUUGAUAACUCCUUAUUCUACAUUUAUUGAUAAUAUACAUUGAGUGUACAAAACAUUAAUAUUGAGUUGCACCCCCGUUUGCUCUCAUAACAGCCUCAAUUUGUUGGGGCAUGGGCUCUACACGGUGUCGAAAGCAUUCCACAGGGAUGCUGGCCCAUGUU